CAACGACACAGCGUACCAUCGACACUGAAAAUCAGCUCAACCCCAACUCACAAGAACAGACUCCGCAAAUACAUCUGCCUCUAUUAAUAGCCAUCAACCCCACCCCCAGUGCAAGUGGUUGCUCCGUUCUGCCCCGCUACGCAACCCCCAGUGAUAACGAUUCCACAACUGAUCGAAUUCGUGGAAAGGUGAAAUACAAAAGGCUGUUUAAAAAUUCAAAUUUGAAUUUUUUCAUACCCCCAGCGAGUCAACGGCCUCGUCGCACGUGGAGGGACAAAUAGUGCGCGUGUGAAUGCAGAAAUUUACAAUAAAGUGACAAAAAUAAUUUAAAAAAUAAUACAUUAAAAGGUUCGAAUUUGUCCUCAAUCAGUAAAUCGAGAGGGAUUGCAAUAAAAAAAACAGGUUGCAGCAAAACAAAUUAAUGUGAUAUUUUUGGUUUUUCUCUCGUUUUGCUCAGUGUCUCGACGAAUAAUUUUCCCCGAAAAUUCUCUCGCAUCGAUAAAUCGCCAGUGUAGACUGGCUGAAGCCAUCGGCAAAUUAUUUCUGGAUAAAUCUGCGAAAGGAGGAUGAAAAAAAUAAACUCGCGAGUCUGGGGUUUAUUUUCAUCGUGAGGAGACGGUGUUGCAGGCUCACUCUCUCGUGGCCUUCCAUAGUAACACGAGUGUGUGACACGCAAACGCACUGGACCCUCGUUGCGUGACUGCAAAAUUCUUGCGUGUCGUUUUUUCGCGAGUUUAAAGUGUUUGGAGGGGAAUAAUACCGAGUUUUAUAUUCGCAAGACAAAUAGUAAUUAAAAAACAGUUAAACUUGGAUAACAAUUACAUUAGAAAUCAAUUUUUUGGAUAAUUAAAAAAUCGUUAAACAACAGUAAGUGUUAAAAAAAAAUUUCAUCUUCAGUUGGAGUGAACGGAGGAUAAAAAUUAUUUUUUAUAGAAAAAUUAAUCAGAGUUGUGGCUCUUCGGCGUCUGGACGAAUAACAUUAUUUUGUAAUUACUGAGUGGUGUUGAGGUGCAUCGGCUUGGAUUUUGAAAGACGGAAUUGAAUUGAAAUUCGGAGUCGAUUGUAAUUGAAUGCUGCGAGAUGAUGGAGACACAGAACUACUGGGACGAGAGCUCCGCGCACUCAAUGCAGGUCAAGUACGAGAGUUUGGAUGGGAGGUCUUGUAAAGAUGAGAUCUACAGGAUGGGUCUCGGCAAUGGCUACUGCGAGGGAAAUCUCAACUUUACUACUGCCUCGGAGGAUGAUGAGAUUUAUACGAAGAAGAAAGUAUCGAGGCAAGACCCAAUGUCCCACAGAAUAAUCGAAAAGAGGAGAAGAGAUCGCAUGAACAAUUGUCUCGCUGAUCUGAGUCGGCUGAUCCCAGCUGAGUACUUAAAAAAGGGUCGUGGACGUGUGGAGAAGACGGAAAUCAUCGAAAUGGCUAUUCGCCAUAUGAAAUACCUCCAAGGGGCUCGCCAGGACACGAAACAGCCGUCAGCAGCGCCAGUUCACCAUCCAGAGGACAGUGUGGAUAGUGUGUCCCACUCUCCAAAUGCCUCACCAGCUGCUGAACACUAUAGACUGGGGUUUCAGGAGUGUCUCAGUGAAACAAUGCAUUUUCUAGUUGAGGUCGAGGGGUUCUUCGCUAGAGAUUCACUCUGCGUACAGCUGAUCAGUCAUCUCCAGCAACAUUGCGAGAAAAUUUUAGCUACAACUCCCACUCGGCGGAAAAAACGUGAUAGGCUGGGAUUCCCCCACCCCGACCUGCCCCCUCAGAGCGGUUCAGCAGUUCCCACCUUCGGUCACACGAGUAUGUCCAACAUCUGCCCCCCCGCCAGCCACUCGGACCAGGGCUCAAGCUCGGGGGUGAGUUCGUUCGAGGACCCAGAGCGCCCCAGGCCGAUAAUUCCACCGCCAACAGUCGUCUCGGACGACAGCAAUCACAGCCACACCGACAGCACCCAGUCCCACAGUUCGCCGUCGAUGGUGCCCCACCAGAGGCCCACAAACUACAAGUUCAAGAGUUCGAUAAAGCAGAGGUUUUCGGCGGAGAGAGUCAAGUCGAGUCCACCACCGUCGGAGAAGCCCCACGGAAUUCCAGUGUUUGCUCUGCACGACGGAGGGAAUUUCUACGUUCCCCUGACCGUGGAGUCGUCGGUUCUCAGGCCACAGCUGACGUUCAUACCUGACGCUGGGCCUGAGACUGUUCUUCAUCCUAUCACUAUUUCUGUUAACUUCAAUCAGACGCAGGUGACGACUUGGGCUCAGGAACAGAGUCCCCAUCACGAGCACACGUAGGUGCGGUGGGGACUGGAGGGUUCAGGAAACAAUGUCUAGACAGUUUUUGGGGAGAUUUUUUGUGCAGAAGAGGUUGUCUGAUUUUUCUACUGGACGCACCGAAAAUUUUCAGCGAAAAAUCUAAUCUAAUCUAAUCGAAUUUAGUGGAAAAUUCUAUUCAACUUUCUAUUGGUUUUCGGCUGAUUCUACUGGCAUUUUUUACCGCUUGUCUGAGCUUUUUUGUCAGUAAAAAUGUUCAAUGGAAAUUUUUUAUAGGGAAAGUCAAUGGAAUUCAAUUUUUCUGGGUCUAAAAAUUAAUUUAGACUGUUGAGAUAUAUUCUGUAGAAAUUUCUGGGUUUAUUAAUGGCACGGAAUUCUUUGACAUGAGUAAAUCCAGGAAUUUCUAUGGAAAAUGUAUAGAGAGAUGAAUUUCCACGUCUCUACGAAGUUGAAGAUGAAUUUGAACAGUGGAAUAUCGCAUUUACAGUUGAUCAGAGGCGUUCGCACCAAAUGUUGUGCCAUUUCUGAGCGGUUAUCGUCCUAUAUUCCGGAUUUUAUCAUUUUUUCUUUCAUUUUCACAAUUCUUAUUGCGAGUUUGCGAGUUGGUGAGUGGCUACUGAUCGGCAUUGUGCACUAAUCAGUAUUAAAUCUCUCUUAUUAUGAUAUUCUUUUGAUACAAUAUCCACCGACAAUGAACUGCUACUUGUGAUUCAAUCAAUUUCGAUUUUUGAUUAUUGAAAAAAUUACUGAAAUUCAAUGAAUAUUCAUUGAGUGUGAAAUGUUUGUUUAAUCCAUUUGUUCUCUUUGUAUAUUUUUCUGUCAUUUUUUUAAUAGAAAGAAGAAUGAUUUUUUGAUUGUUUUCUUUGUUCAUUACGAUAGAAAUGAUGUUAUCUUUUUAUAUCCGCUCAAAUUAUGUGCAAACACGAGUAUCAAUUAUUUUUGAGAGGCAAUAAUGUGACAAAUGCCAAUGCCUCGAUUCAUAGAUGAUUUAAGGUUCUACUUGAUGCCCAUUUGAAAUGUAAUAUGUUAGUGGGAGGCCCUCAGCGACUAAAGACUGACCGAGACCUGCAUUACAUUAAAUCAUGAUGAUAAAUAUGAAUUAACUACUCCUAAGUUCUUGUUUCGAAUUGAAUAUAUUUGUACAUAAAAAAAUGUUUAGGUUUAAGGUGAUUAUGAGUUUACGAUGAAUAAAUUAUAUUUACUAUAAUUAAACUCUCUCAA